AAAGUUUCCGCCUCACUGUCAUUUUCUGCUACUCAAAGAGGCUUCUUGAAUUUACAACGUUUAGUUCUUGGCUCGACUCCUACUUUUCGUCCUGCCAAUCAGGGGUGCAUCAAAAAUCACGGAUUAACUUCGCAGUCACGACCCUCCUUUCCCUUAUGAUUCCUCACUAAAAUGUGGAAAACACACACUUACUGGACCUGCAUUCACUUAUAACACUAUCCAAUCCACAAAACUUGGUUGAACAACUUUUCACCAAAGAGACUGGUUUAAUUGCGGGUGGUGUGUAUGGGUGAACCAUUGAUGGUUGUUGCGGCCCGUAUUCCCUUGCCGCCAUCUACAGGCCGCCAUCGGUGGAUGCGAGAUCGACCGCUUCCACUCUUCAUCCUCGGUGAGCGGACUAGUUUUGAGUGGGAACACCUCUGGAUGCCUACUUCUUGCAACCCGAAGUGAGGCAGCCUCCAACUUGGACAGAUGUCUACGUGGCGUGCAUAUUCAUCAAAUCAGCUCGCGCAGAGAUCAAGUCCCUUGGAGGUAUUUUGUUAAAGAUGGCAUUCCCUUGACGUGGCAUGGGACAAUUCGGAAGGAGAUCAUACUUACAACCUCAGGUCACAGUCCAAUUGGGAGCAAAGAGACCCUUGAGAUGUGGACUUAGUAUACUUGAAGGGAUUGCGCGGCCCGAUAAUGGCUCGCCCGGCCUGUGAGAGACUGAACCUAUCAGGACCAGAGUAAUUUUUUUCGCCUCGUGGGAAUAGUUUUCUGGCCACAGCAUGAGUUCAAAUAUCAUAAGGCGGCGAGGCUGCGCAUCCAAAAAGUCUCGACUUUUAUCAGUAGCUCUUCUCUCUGCCGGACAGCUCAGCAAGCCUGUUGCGACUUAUCAGGGCACUGAGGGGGAAAGCGCCAAGCGCUCUUAUUCGAACCACACUUAACACACAUAAUUAGGUGUUUUUUUUUUCCUUCAGUUAAAGAUGUCUCACCCAAACAAUGUUUAUCAUUCAGCUGAAGGCCAGGCGGGCUACAUUGGUUCAGUGCCGCAGCAGCAGCAUCAGCCAGUAACGUCUGGCCGGCCGACUUGCCCGUACGAGACGUGCGUCAUCACAGAUCCUACUGCCUCGCGGUUCGCCGUUAUGAUGCUGCAAUAUUUCAUGAAUAUUGCAAACAUCGACACUACGCUGGAUCAGUUCGACUGCCCCGUGGCGAAAUGCAUGAAGCAGUUCACAGAGCCUCUGGAAUUUGUCAAGCACCUCAUAAGUUGUCCUGAACUCUGCAAAGGCGAGUUUGAAUGCAGAAAGUGCGAGACUUGGCAUAGAUUCCCUACAACAGAGAGAGGGUGGUUGGAUUUCUCUGGUUGGGAGAAAACUGUCGAGAAGAAGAAGCGAAGCAGCUUCACCGACAAGCUGAAAGUGAUGGUGCGGUCAUCGCCAAAACCCUGCAGUCCUCGAUCCUUGAGAAGCAGCUCAGAUUCGUGUAUUUCACCAUCGGUACAAUCCAAAGCCUCGCCAACACCGAGCUCGGAAUUCUCUGCAGGAAGUCCUUACGCAAUAAUUGAGAGGAAGGAAUCCGAUGUCCAAUGGCGCUAUGAUGCAGACGCCUGGCCCACGGUGAUGCCGACCCCUGAGAAGCCGUUGCGGGUGUCCACUGGUAAUACAAGUGUUCGGCCGCGACAAAAUUCGCCAAUCAUUCAUAAUCAACGAACUCAAGAGCUUCAGCAACCCCAGGAGCUUUGUGGCACUGGCCGUCUGGAGCUUUGGGACACUGGCUGCACUCGUAGUGAGCUCCCAGACAAUCAGCCAACCAGUACCGCAAGGGCGCCUUACAACCUUCAAGACUCAGCAUCGCGCUAUGAAGGACAGGCGUUUUGGCCUAGUAUGAGCGCUUCUUCUUACCCAUAUACCUUGGGAAAUGGCAACUGGACGCCUCAUUUAGAAGGGCAACUCGCUCAACAAACAGCGCACCACAAUAUCCAACAAAACAGCACUGACAGCCACAACAGCGGCAACAGUUCCAUUGGGUUAUUACAGACUACAAUAGCACCAUAUUUUGGCCCUAGCUUGAGCGAGUCACCCGUAGGCCUUGAGGUUGACCAAAGUGGUCAGGUCACUGAGUUGUCCGGGGAAGAGACCUCAUCCAGUCACCCGGGAUCCUAUGAUUCCACCAGUUGGUCAUUUGCUGGCACUUCGACCUCAGGUACGACAAUGGCCUCCUUGCGCACAAACUCAAGUUCGGGAACCUCGGUCGAAUCAUUCGAGUGUGUUGGUAUGGGAGACUGGGCCCCAAACGGCGACCCGAUCUUCUCCACCUUUGAGCCGCAGAACGAGGGCCACCAGGCGAUUAUGCGAGCUCUACAGGAGUUCAAUGACUCUGCUCCUAAAGACUUGGACUCCUGCCACUUUGAUCUCGGUCGCCGCCACCAAUGGCACGAGAUACCAGAGAUGGAAUCAACGCCGGUGACCAGUCAAUCCGCGCCAGUCGCCGAAGCCUCUGCCGAUGCCGACGAUGAUGGUGACCUCACGUGCGGGCAUGAAAACUGUGAUUUUAGACCCAGCGGCACCAAGCUUCAAAACUACCGCAAAUACCUGCACAAGCACAGGGAAACGCACAGGAGGGCAAGGUACGAGUGCGACCAAUGCCAGAACUUUUAUACCCGCUCGGACAACCUCAAGAAGCAUAGGCGCGAAAAGCAUGGCAUCGAGGAGACGCGGGGUUAUGGUACGGCGCGCAUGUCUUCACAGUACCGCCGGAGCCCGCGGAUCGCUGCUGCCGGGCAGGAUGGUCUGGGCAGGAUUGACACUCUGAGAGUGUCCAAGUCACCGAGAAGGUAAUUCGGGAUGACGCUGUAGCUGAAGAUACAGUGUCGAGUUUGAUCUCUGGAUGGAGAGGUUUCAUCUGCGCUUCUGCACAUUUGUCUGUCCGUCUCUGUACCUGUCACUGUCGUACUCUCCUUUGGACGAUUCUUUUCUUUCUUCUUUCUCUUUUCCCCUAUAUAUUUUCCUUGUAUAUCCUAUCUCCCUAAUCAUUUUUCUUCAGCCAAUAGCUAUCAGCGCUGGUUUUCCCUUGGAUAGGGUGACGAUGGCUUUUUCCUAGUAACUAAUUCUACGACUAAUACGAC